UUAAACUUUUCCAAGAUCCAAAUCAUCAGGUACUCUUCUUCUUCUUCUUCUUCUUCUUCUUCUUCGCGUCGUCUUCUCCGAUGGCGGCGACCUCCAAUGGCUAUCAUCAAGACUCCGAUGUCGACUCAGAUGGUAGUGUCGAUGAUGCCUACUACCAUCCUAUCUCCGCUGACUCUGACGAUGGCGGAGAUCUUGAGAAUGAAUACCCAUCCUCUUCCGUCUUGCAAACUAAUGCCCCUGAUCCCAACAAUGGAUAUCUAGACGGUAGCGAUCUAUUGCAUCAUUACGCCCAGAGUGGAGUUGCGGGUUUGGACUUGAAUGGAGGAGGAGAUGGGGAAUCGGAUGAAGAGGAGGAGAUGGAUAGGGAGAGGGAGGCGUCGAUCUCGAGGGCGUUCCGGGAGGAUGAGAGCCGGAGGAGUGCUCCUCUGACGGAGGAGAACGCGGCGAGGGUACUGGAGGCGAUGAGAGGGGUGGUGUUCCCGGGGGUGGUUCCGAAUUGGGCUGGUGAGAUUGCUGAGGAACGGUGGGUGGAUCAGCUCCGGCAACUGCGAGGUGAACCAGCUCCCUAGAAGUUCAUAUUAUGAUUUUUUUUUUUCUUUUUUUGAAUUUUCUGGCGUGCUUUGUUGUUGAUGAUGGUUUGCUUUUCUGGGAAUGGGCGCAAGUUAGUAGCUUUUCAUCAUUUAUGGAUGCUGCAUGGUGGAUUUCAAUUUGAUUGGAAGAUGUAAACAUCAUCAUGUUUUGUUAUAUUUGACAAUUGGUAGUGAUCCAACGCAAUGUUUACAUGUUUGUUGAAAUCUUGUGAUACAGUAUUGAGCAACACUCUGAGUUAGGUGUUAUUGAAUCA